AUGCCUCUGAUCGCACAAAACCCCCAGCCGAGAGUGAUUCUUGGAUUGAUGACUUUUGGCCCAACCGAGGCCAAAGGUGCUCGGAUUACCUCGCUGGAUGAGUUCAACAAAUGCCUUGAUUACUUCCAGCAGCAAGGAUUCAACGAAGUCGAUACCGCCCGUGUCUACAUCGGUGGAGAACAGGAAGCAUUCACAGCCAAGGCGAACUGGAAGUCGCGUGGACUGACUCUGGCCACCAAAUGGUACCCGUCUGAGCCCGGCUUCCACAAGCCGGAGGUCGUCCGUGAGAAAUUGGAGCUUUCUCUGAAGGAGUUGGGGACCGACACAGUCGAUACCUUCUACCUGCAUGCUGCAGAUCGCGCCACUCCAUUUGCUGAAACUCUUGAGGCUGUUAACCAGCUGCACAAGGAGGGCAAGUUCGUACAGCUCGGUCUGAGCAACUUUACAGCCUUUGAAGUGGCCGAGAUUUGCAUCCUUUGCGCUGAGAGGGGAUGGGUCCGUCCCACCAUUUACCAGGCCAUGUAUAACGCGAUUACACGCAACAUUGAGACUGAACUUGUUCCCGCCUGUCACCGGUACGGUCUCGAUAUUGUCAUCUACAACCCGCUGGCCGGAGGUCUUUUCUCUGGAAAAUACAAAUCAAAGGAUAUCCCUGCCGAAGGUAGAUACAGCGACUCGAGCUCUACCGGACUCAACUAUCGCAAACGUUACUUCAGAGAUGCCACCUUCGAAGCUCUGAGUAUCAUUGAGCCUGUCGUAGAGAAACAUGGUCUCACAAUGCUGGAGACGGCUCUGCGCUGGGUUCACCAUCACUCUGCCCUGAGAAUGGACAAUAGUGGUCGCGAUGGAGUCUUGGUGGGAAUUAGCAGCUUCGCGCAGCUUGAGACUAACCUUGCCGAUCUCCAAAAGGGACCACUCCCGGAAGAGGUCGUGCAGGCUCUGGACCAGGCUUGGCUAGUUGCCAAGGCCAAUUCCCCCAAUUACUGGCAUUUGGAUUUGGAGUAUAGUUAUGAUACUCAGAAGGCGGUGUUUGGACCUAAGGUCUUUGAGCUUUCAGAGCCGCGGGUGACCUCUACCCCGGACGCAGUCUACGACUUCGACUCUGACGACGAGAUGAUUAUCAAUCGCCCCCCAUUACACCGGCCAACAGAUGGCCGCUCGCAACAGCCUCUCCUAAAAGAUGAUCGUCAUCGCCGGUCCCGCUCCAGCUUCGGCAAUGGCGACGCAGAAGGCCGGCCCAUGCUGCAUGAAACCAGACGGCCGACCAUCCGGAGUAGAAGUCCGGAACACGACGCUGCCCAAGCAACCCGCAAGAAGUACAUGGUUGCAUCUGGAUUCCUCUUGCUCAGUUUGAUUAGCUUCGUCGUCCAAACGGAGACAGCUUCCCACAUUCAAAAUGAGCUGGGCUGGAAGAAACCGUAUUGCAUGCUCUAUAUGACCCACGGGUCAUGGUCCUUGCUCUGGCUGGUCCAGCUAGGCAUCCUUCGGGUACAGAAACGGAAGCUCUCGUGGGAUGCUUUCUGGCGGCGCCACGUCUCUCUCAUUCGCGCCACUGCGCAGAUGGUAGAAUCCCGGGAAGUGCACCUAAGCUCUCGCGCAUCCAGUCGAUCCCCAGUCCGCUAUAUGCUGAAGACCACCGCCUUUGUGACUACUGCACUCACCGUUGCCGGAGGAUCAUGGUACGUGGCAGUCAACAUGACCACUGCCAGUGACCUCACGGCAAUCUACAACUGCUCCGCCUUCUUCGCGUAUGCGUUUUCGAUUCCACUCUUGAACGAGAAACUGCGGUUCGACAAGGUCUUUUCUGUGGCUGUGGCUACAAUCGGCGUUAUGGUCGUUGCCUAUGGGGAUCGACCCGAUAAGAAGGCCUCAAACGGUGAACAGACUGCGGAGGACACCGUGGCGCAGAACAGAUUGGUUGGAAACAUUAUUAUUGGCAUUGGAAGUAUCCUAUAUGGCCUUUACGAGGUCCUCUAUAAACGCUUCGCCUGUCCCCCAGAAGGUACCAGCCCUGGCCGGGGUACGAUAUUUGCCAAUACAUUUGGCAGUCUAAUAGGGGUUUUCACCCUGUUGGUACUAUGGAUACCACUGCCAUUUUUGCAUUGGACUGGGUUGGAGACAUUUGAAUGGCCGACUGGUGAGACAGCAUGGAUGCUUCUCAUCUCCGUGGGUGCCAAUGCCACAUUCUCGGGCUCUUUCCUUGUGCUCAUCUCCCUCACGUCGCCUGUUCUAUCAUCAGUAGCCGGUCUCCUUACCAUCUUCCUCGUCGCUCUUGUGGACUGGUUCCGAACCGGCGAACCUCUUUCUAUGGCUUCUAUCAUUGGAGGCAUUUUGAUUAUGGUGGCGUUUUUCAUGCUGAGCUUCAGCACAUAUAGAGAGAUGAAUGAGGAGCGGAAGAAGCAUCUAGAGCAAGAUGAGGUCGAGUCUGACAGUGAUGUCUGA